CAAAUCGUCACAAGCAGCUCCUACGUCAUAUUUACGCGUCCGUGUUGUUGAGGUGUACGCCACAGUUUGAAUUCCUGUUGCCGUCAUGGUGGUGUUUCCGAGUUCACUCACAGAGGAAGAGGAAGCUCUGCAAAAGAAAUAUGCUAAACUCAAAAAAAAGAAAAAGGCUUUACUCGCCUUAAAGAAACAGAGUUCAACCAACCAGACAAACCAGAGUGGUUUGAAACGGACUUUGUCGGACCAGCCUGUCGUUGACACGGCAACAGCGACAGAGCAAGCAAAGAUGCUGAUCAAGUCGGGUGCUAUCAGUGCCAUCAAAUCAGAGAACAAGAACUCAGGCUUCAAACGAUCUCGAAUGCUGGAAAUCAAACUCAAGGACCCUGAGAAAGGCCCAGUCCCUGCUUUCCUACCAUUCCAGAGGAGUGUCUCUACAGAUGAAGAACAACCUGAGUCGGGGAAGAGAGCCCAGAGGAAAUCUCUGUAUGAGAGCUUCGUCAGCUCAAGCGACCGAUACAGGGAAGAGGACGAGGGAGCCAGCAUGUCAACCAACCGUGAAAUGGAGAGAGACAGAGACAGAGAGCGAGACCGCGAGAUGGAUAGAGAGCGGGACAGAGAGAGAGAGCGAGACCGGGAGAGGGAUAGAGAUCGCGGUCGGGACAGAGACAGGGAACGGGACAGAGAGCGAGACAGAGAGAGAGACCGAAGCAGAGAAAGGGAUCGGGAGCGGGACAGGGAGCGGGAUCGAGAGAGAGAUGGACCGUUCAGAAGGUCAGAUUCAUACCCAGAGCGGAGAGGGGUGCGAAAGGGCAACACGGUGUAUGUUUAUGGCUCUGGGCUCACCGAGGAGAGCCUGCGCUCUGCGUUCUCUCAACAUGGAAACAUCAUCGACCUCUCCAUGGACAACCCACGCAAUUGUGCAUUUAUUACGUUUGAGAAGAUGGAGUCUGCAGACCAGGCUGUCGCUGAGUUAAAUGGAAGCACAGUGGGAGACGUUCACAUCAAAGUCAGCAUCGCCAGGAAGCAGCCCAUGCUGGAUGCUGCCACUGGCAAAUCUGUGUGGGCUUCACUGGCUGUGCAGAACAGCACUAAAGGCUCCUACAGGGACAAGAGGAACCAGGUCGUGUACAGUGAAGAUUUCCUGUGAUUUAAAAGAGAUGUGUUUUCCAUGUUUUUGUUGAAAGGAUGACCUGUUAGCCACCAGCUUUAAGUGUCUUUUUUGCAGGAUAAAUACUGAAUGACCUGUUUUUUUUUUCGGUUAGCUGGCUGUAGUUCACAUGUUCGGUGUGUGGUGCUGUGUGUGGCAGCUUUGCUCAUGAAACUGAAGAAAAACUGUUUCUUGGAGCUCAAUAAAUAGUAUCCAUACAUUUUUA